AUGGGAUUUUCAAACAAGGCCGAAAACAAGCCUGAGGAAGCCAUUGCCUACUCCUCCACUGCGAAGUCGGAUGGUUCGGAGAUGCCGAAGACGACUGCAAAGGACGUGAGGCUGGAACCUGGCCACGAGGAUGUGUGCCAGGAUUUCGAGCAUAACCCAUUCACUGAUCCGCCUCAGCUGGCACAGGCAAGCAAUACCAAAAGAACGGGUCCGUCUGGAGGGCUUCGAGUUACCGAAAACGAGAGGUCGGGAAAGUCGGGCAUAUUGAAAAGAACAAAGCAGAGAAAGUCGCAAAGAUCAAUCGACGCUGAGGAGGAUUGCUGCGAUAGCGACCAUGGUCUUUUGUACCUGCCGGUCGACCAAGAGAAGUCAAAGAAGGCUGUCAAGUCGCAGGAUUCUGCUCAUCACAAAUCAGAUUGCUGUGAUAGCAACCAUGGCCCCUUCUUGCUGCCGGUCGACCUAGAGAAGUCGAAGGAGGCUAUCAAACCGCUUGAUUCUGCUCAUCAUAAAUUGGAUGGUCCUGGUAGCGACCAUGGUCCCUUGCCACUGCCAGUCGAUCCAAAGGAGUCGAAGGAGGCUAUCAAACCACAAGAUUCUGCUCAUCAUAAAGUAGAUGGCCCUGAUAGCGACCAUGGUCACUUGCUGCUGCCAGUCGAUCCAAAGGAGUCGAAGGAGGAUGCCAAGUCCCAGAUUUCAAGUGUCCCAGACAAGCUGGUGGCAUCUAGCAAACCGGCGAAGCGCGAGAAACAACACAAGUCACUCAAGCAAAAAUUGAAGGAGUCAAGGGAGGCAAAGAAGGCAAGGAAGGAAAGCGAUCCGGCCAAUAAGAGCCCCGUGAUGAAGAGGACCAGCCGGAAUAUGUUAGGAUUAGGCUCAAAUUCAGAGGUUCCAGUGCAGACUCCUGCGCAAGCUUUCCCCAGAGGACUUCAGAUCAUGGCAGAAGAUACUGACACUCUGUCUGGGGGCUUCUCUUUACCCAAGGAAUUUAUGGCGUUCGGUAUCACGAAAGACAUUUGGGCGGAGUUUAACUCGAAGAUGACGGAAUCGCUAACAACCAAGAGAAUCGCAUACGCGGUUGAGGAUAUUCUCGAUGUAUGCGCGACAUGGGAUGUGAGAUUUUUCCGCCCUAAGGGCUUCAUCAUUCGACUCGAUAUGCCAGGCGAAGAGAAGUAUGGGCUAGACUUGCUGGACAUCUACCAUUCCAAGAUAGGUGCUAUACACACCGACAAUGUUACGGCGGGCACCCCUUGUCCGCUUCCUGAAAUGGUCUUGAACGGGCAAUUGCUGAGCCCAGUGUCCUACAGUAUGGCACCGAAAAAGGACGAACAUGUUGGAGCCAUCAAGCACAACCGUCACAUCCAAGAGAAAACGAAGGACAAGAAACACUUGGAAACGGUCCGCGAGAAGGCAUUUCACAGCACUCGUCUGAUGAUCGAUCCAGUCGUGGUCCUCAAGGAUUCCACGUUGGCUGACGAGCGUGGAUGGACAAAGUGGAUCCAGGCUUGCAAGGAAGCUCGCAACUUUGCUGAGGAGGCUCCUCCAAAACGAAAGGAUAAUAAGCCAUGGCGUGGCUACUAUCCCGUGAGAAUGGAUCGCUGGCCACCCUCGAAACACCUUUAUUAUGAUCGAUUCCGGGGCUCUGCGCUUACCGGCGGCACCAAGAAAAUCCCCUUCACUCACUUUGUACCAGAUCACGACUCGAUGGACCAAAGAGGUGCGCCACUUACAGACUCAGUCAUCCCAUGUGAUGAGGUCGAAUAUACGCCAUGGUCGGCCUGGGAGGCCGGAGUAGCUUCUACUGGUCAGGUAUGCGAGCGGCGCCGUCUUGACGCCAGCCUGACGGCGUACGCGCCCUGGGAGGACUUCCGGGUCGUUUUCAAUGAGACCGGGGGGAGAUUGGAGCUCGAUGUUGUGGAGCAGAGCUAUGUCAACGGCGGCGGCGGGCCGGGAGCUGACGGGGCUAUGGAGAGAUGCACGGUUACGCUGCGGCCGCUGUUCGAGAAGCCGAGGGAGGCUGAGAUUCGGAGUGGGUUGGGGGGCCAUUUUGGUGAAUAUCCGGUGCUGUUGCACGACUUGUUUGGUGGCGAGGAUAUGGAUGAGGUUCGGUUUGGGAGGGCAGCGGAUCAUAUUGAUGGCGCGAGAAGUAUCUUGACGGGCAUUGCGGCAAAUUCGUCUCUGCGGACCGAGGGUGUAGUUGGGUGA